GCGUGUCUGCCAGUCAGUCCCUCCGGACCUGCCGCGAGUCUCAGACUGCCGAAAUUACCGCGCGUCACUCGCCUCAACAGUGAUUCUGAGUCUGCUUUUAGCUUCCUUCUCCUUGGCUUUCUUCUGUUUGUGAACAGCUGCUUGGCCCAUAGCUUAGAGAAUUCAGCCUUCUUUUCUCUCCCAAGAGAGCCACCUCCCUGUACUCAGAAAGAUGGGGAGUGGAGAGCCUAAUCCUGCUGGCAAGAAAAAGAAGUACCUAAAGGCUGCCCUGUACGUGGGUGACUUGGACCCAGAUGUCACGGAGGACAUGCUUUAUAAAAAGUUCAGGCCUGCUGGCCCUCUGCGCUUCACCCGAAUCUGCCGUGACCCUGUCACCCGCAGCCCCCUGGGCUAUGGCUAUGUUAACUUCCGCUUUCCUGCAGAUGCUGAGUGGGCCCUGAAUACCAUGAAUUUUGAUUUGAUUAAUGGCAAACCUUUCCGCCUCAUGUGGUCUCAGCCAGAUGACCGUUUAAGAAAGUCUGGAGUUGGAAAUAUAUUCAUCAAAAACCUGGAUAAAUCCAUAGACAAUAGGGCCCUUUUUUAUUUAUUUUCUGCUUUUGGGAACAUUCUCUCAUGCAAAGUCGUAUGUGAUGACAAUGGCUCUAAGGGUUAUGCCUAUGUGCACUUUGACAGCCUGGCCGCUGCCAAUAGAGCCAUCUGGCACAUGAAUGGAGUGCGGCUUAAUAACCGCCAGGUGUAUGUUGGCAGAUUCAAAUUCCCAGAAGAGCGGGCAGCUGAAGUCAGAACCAGGGAUAGAGCAACUUUCACCAAUGUUUUUGUUAAAAACUUUGGAGAUGACAUGGAUGAUGAAAAACUGAAGGAAAUCUUUAGUGGAUAUGGGCCAACUGAGAGUGUUAAGGUAAUAAGAGAUGCCAGUGGGAAAUCUAAGGGCUUUGGAUUUGUGAGGUAUGAGACACACGAGGCUGCCCAAAAAGCUGUAUUAGACCUGCAUGGAAAAUCCAUCAAUGGGAAAGUUCUAUAUGUAGGGCGAGCACAGAAGAAAAUUGAACGAUUGGCUGAGUUAAGACGAAGAUUUGAACGGCUGAGAUUAAAAGAAAAAAGUCGGCCUCCGGGGGUGCCUAUCUAUAUUAAGAACCUGGAUGAGACCAUCGAUGAUGAAAAACUGAAGGAGGAAUUUUCUUCCUUUGGAUCAAUUAGCCGGGCCAAAGUGAUGGUGGAAGUAGGGCAAGGCAAAGGGUUUGGUGUUGUCUGCUUCUCCUCUUUUGAAGAUGCUACCAAAGCAGUGGAUGAGAUGAAUGGUCGCACAGUGGGCUCCAAGCCCCUGCAUGUUACCCUGGGCCAGGCCAGGCGCAGGUGGUGAGAAUAAGAAUGCUCAAUUUGUUUCAGCCUUAAGCUGGUGCCUACUUAGUUUGGGCUACUUUGUGAUAAGAGGUUAUUUUAUUCCAGGUUAUUUUUUUUUAAGUGAAUACUUUCUUUUGAAAAAAAAAAAGUAAAACUAGAAAACCUUGUUCAUUUUAGUGAAGAACAUAAUUUCUAAUUGUAAAACUGUCAUUUUGUACUAUUUUUUGAUAAAAUAUCCUUAGAAAUAUGUAGAAUAAAAUUCAUCCCUCCACAUACUGUUUUGUUUUUCCUAAACCAGUCCAGGUAAGGUAAUUGGUUGAACAUAGGUUCCUUCCUUAUUCCAGUUAUAAUACUAAAUGUAAUUGCUUCUAUGAAAAUAUUCUCAAAAUGGACAUUAUUUCUGAAUCUAUCACACAUAAAACUUUUACUUGCUUUUUGAGAAAUCAGUAGAGCAGGGGAAAAUGUAUGUGAUCCGCUUAACAUUUGUGCAUAAUUUUACCUUAUUUAAAGUGAAUGUUAUUUUAAAGAGAUGUGAGUUUCUUUAUUUAUACUUUUUUUUUUCCCUUUUCUAAUAUAUUGUGGGCAUACCACAGAGUUGGCAGUGGCUUUGACUAAGUGUUGGGAGUUUUCUUUAACUUCAUGCCCAGAGAAAUAAACAUAUUGGUGUUUUCUCAAUCAGUACCUUAAGAAACUAACACUUUAAGCAUUAUUAAAAUGAGUUACAUCUUAAAAAUCUGAGAGAUUUAAUAUAUGAGGACAGUCUAAGGAGCAUUCUUGCCACUCAUUUUUUUAAAACUCUUUAGUAGUAUAGAUGGGUCAUGUUAAAAUAAUGAAAAAGAUGAAUAACUGCACUGAAUUGCCUUUACCUGUAGAUAAUUUUAAAAUUUUACCUCCGCCUCUAUGAAGUGUCAAUAUAAGGAUAAAUAAUCCAUACAGUGAUGUUGAAAAACUACAUUGAAGAAUAUCUUCAAUAUUAAACUUGUCAUUAUCUCUUGUAAAUUUUUUAAUACAUCCUUGUGAUAAUAUUCACAUAUGUAUCAAAAGUAAGGAAAAGCUUGUCUCUUGAUUAAAUCAUAUGCCUCCAUCUAUUAUAUGAGAGCUAUUAAUCCAGUAUGGUUCUCUUUAUGUCUGGCUGCUUGGAA